AUGUGGGCAGUCGACAGCGGUGCGACGCAUCACAUCUGCAACGACAAGGCCAAGUUUGCAAGCCUGAAUGAGCGAGAUGAAGGCGAACUAUCAGUGGCUGAUGGCAGCAAGGCUGCGAUCAAGUAUGUGGGAACCAUCAUGGAACGGGUGGUUCUGCCCAAUGGUGACGAACGCGACAUCGAGAUCAAGGACGCACUGUUCGUACCAAGUAUGAGCAAGAAUCUGCUUUCGGUGCCACAGAUCAACAAGGGUGGCAGGUUCCAAGUCGUGUUCGAUGGUUCCAAGAUGCAAGUGAAGCGCAAUAAUUCUACACAAGUCGUGGCAACAGCGGAUCUCGUCGAUGGACUUUACUGGCUGCGGACUCCUCAACGAUCGGCGAAUGCAGCAACACGCAAUGGGACUAUCGACUUGCAUGCGCGCAUGGGUCAUGCACCCCUCGAAUUUCUACGCAAGAUGGUGGCCACCGGCAUGAUCAAGGACGCCAAGGCACCUCUUAACUCGACUGGUCCAAGUGUGUGUCGCAGUUGCCAGCAAGGAAAGAUGGUCCAAAAACCAUUCCCAACCAACCGUGACAAACGCCAAUAUGGUGUGUUCGAGUUGCUUCACUUCGACAUCUGCGGGCCAAAGGAACAAGUCUCGAUCGGCGGCAGCAGAUACUAA